AUGGACGCAGUCUCCGUGGAGCGCUGCGCAGAUGGUGAGCAGCGCCUAGUGGCAAUGCGACAUUUGGCGAUGGACGAGGUCAUACUGGAGGAGGUGCCGCUCUUCGAAAUGCCGGACGAAGAGAUUCUUGAGCGGAAAUGCUCACGCUAUGUGGCAGCAUGGCGCUAUGCCUGCCAGAGAAUUGGCCAGGACGGUGUGGAGAGAAUAUUUGCACACCAAUUUUCCGAGGGCGCAGCAGCAGGCACGAAAGCGCAAGAGGUUCACAAUGCGCUGCAACUUGAGGUGCCUGUCGCACAGCAGCCAGCUGCUUCCCGCUUUCUUAUGGUUCUCAUGUCCAACUCCUUCCGGUUCACAGGUCCAAAGGGAAAUCGGCUCACGGCGCUUUUCGAGAUUAUGUCCCGCGUCAACCAUUCAUGUCUCCCAAAUGCACGGAUGGUUGGUGAUGGCCAUCCAGCAAAGCUCGUGACUACAAAAAGCGUUGCUCCUCAGGAGGAGAUCUUCCUUUGCUACGGAGGAUGGAACACGGGCUUUGUGGAGCAGCCUCUGCGGCAGCGCCAGCAGCACUUGCUGGGGAAUUGGGGCUUCGUUUGCCAGUGCGGUCGCUGUCAGCAGGAACCCAGAGACUCCAAAACCCCUUAA